AUGGCAGUAACACUAUUACUUGUGAUGGCCGCCAGCGGGUUCGCUGCAGCACUCAUCCUCAGUAAUAUUAUCAUCAUGAGCAGCAUGAAACGCCGGCAGCAGGGAAACAAAGCCCGAAAGCCGCCAUCCCCGCCGAAGCUGCCGAUCCUUGGGAACCUCCACCAAGUGGGAAAGUAUCCUCACCGAAUUUUCCCCGCCUUGGCGAAGCGCUGCGGCGCCCCUGACCUCAUGCUGCUCCACUUCGGCAGCAGGCCGGUACUAGUGGUCUCCACCUCCAAGGCGGCGCGUGAGGUGAUGAAGACCCACGACCUCAUCUCCUCCGACCGGCCAGAACGGAAAACCGCUAAGAAGCUUCUCUACGGUAACAAAGACAUCGUCAACGCUCGCUACGGCGAGCACUGGAGGCUGUCCAGACGACUGUGCGUGCUUCAUCUCCUCAGCAACAAGAAAAUCCGGUCAUGUCGUCCUUUGAGAGAGGAGGAAAUCGGGCUGCUGGUCAAUCGGAUUCGGACAAGUGCUCAAGCAGGCCAGGAGGUGAACUUGAGCGCACUACUUCCCUGCUUCACCAACGACGUCAUCUGCAGGAUAGCGCUCGGGAGGAAGUACGAUGGCAAUACCGUCUUCCGGGAUCUAUUGGCAGAGAUCAUGGAGCUGUUUAUUGCAUUUAGUGUGGGCGAGUUCAUUCCUCAACUUUCUUGGGUGAGUCGACUCACUGGGUUCGAUGCUCGAGUCGAUAGGGUGGCUCGACGAUUUGAUGAGUUUCUCGAUGGAGCUGUCCUCGAGAGCGAGGCUCGUCUGGAGAAACGGAGCAACAUGAUAGAAAGAGAAGAAGAAGAAGAAGAAGGCCAAGCAGUACCCUUGAUAGAUGUCUUGCUGCAGCUCCAAAGGGACAGCCCAGAGGAGUGCCACCUCGAUGGAGAUGGGAUCAAGGCAGUCAUCAUGGACAUGUUCAUCGGAGGAACAGACACGACGUCAACGCUUUUGGAAUGGACGAUGUCAGAGCUGAUGAAACACCCGAGGGUGAUGAAGAAGCUGCAAGAGGAGGUCAGGAGAGAAGCUGGUGUCAUUAUUUGUGAAGAAAAUUUGCACAAGCUGGAGUACCUGAAGUUAGUAAUCAAAGAGACGACACGAUUGCACCCGCCAGUCCCGUUGCUACCUCCAAGGCAACUGAUGCAAGACGCGACCAUAAUGGGUUACGAUGUAUCGGCUGGAACCAUGAUCCUAACCAAUGCGUGGGGGAUCGGAAGGGACCCGGCAGAUUGGGGGGAAUCGCCGGAAGAAUUCCUGCCCGAGCGAUUUCUCCAAACCAAAGUGGACUUCAUAGGCCAAGAUUUCGAGUUGAUACCUUUUGGAGCUGGAAGGCGACGCUGUCCGGGGAUUUCUUUCGGCCUGGCCGUGGUGGAGGUGGCGCUGGCGAACCUAGUGAGGGACUUUGAUUGGAGGCUGCCCGGUGGAAUGAGAUUGGAGAUGACUGAAUGCGUUGGUCUUACAGCCCGCCGAGACGUCCCUCUUCUCGCCAUACCCACCAUCGUCCCAGCCGGCCCAACUUGA